GCGCAUAGCUCCCAAAUGCCAUUGAAGUCCACUGAGGCUGGGCUGCAUCGCGUUGUCACGAGGGGGAAAAACUCACGCACACAUAUUAGGCGAACUGGGGAAAGUUAUAAGGGAAUGAUUUCGCACUGUAGUUGGGUUGAGCACAUAUAUUUCUAUGAUUCUGGAUCUGAAAUAGCAAUGUUAUAAGGUCGGCUAUAACAUAAGCCUAGCGCAAUUCAUCCUACACGAUGUUCAUCAUUUUUAGAGGAGGCUAAGCCUCCCUCGUUGUCUUAGAGCAAUCGCCCGUGGUCUACAGUAUGUGUCAGCCCUGUGAUGACCUGGCGACUUGUCCAGGGUGUACCCCGCCUUUCGCCCGUAGUCAGCUGGGAUAGGCUCCAGUUUACCUGCGACCCUGUAGAACAGGAUAAAGCGGCUAGAGAUGAUGAGAUGAGAUGAGAUUGAGACUAGAACACAAUUAUAAUAUCAGCCAACAUUCCUAUGCAGCUUUUUGAAAUGCCUUUCAGGUCUUAAAAUACAUUUUAAUAAACCCAUUUAGCAUUUCAAUGCCCUGUGUAAAUGAUCUGUGAGCUUAAAAGCACUGCUUCAUAAAAGAAGCCACAAUGUGCUGAUUAAUGUGCUUAAUCCUGUAUUAACAUCUGCUGCUUGACCCUGUAAAAAAAUAAUACCACAUCUGGGCAAAUCUGUCUUUCUCCUUCUCUUCUUUUUAAAAAUUGUAUCUGCUUAUGCACUUGUUCCAUGUGUGUGGGUGGGUGCGGGUAUGAGGUCUCAUCCCUAAAUUUACCCCGAGAGAUUUAAUAAAAAGAAAUGAAUCAUCAUUUCAACAUCUGGAACCACAAUUUUGUCCCUGAGACGAUCUAGAUAUGAGAGUCAUAUUUACAGUUAGUUCCCUUUAUUUACAGUCAGGACUCCUGAGCUCCUCGUCCUUCCCAUGCAGAUGUUUCCCAAAAGCAGUUUCAUUUCUUACAGCUUAACGAAUAAUGUUUCUGCUUGUUCCCUUGUAUUUAAACCUCACUCUCUUCUUGUCUGUCUCAACCCAGAACUCGAAUCGCGGUCAGGCUCGGCUGUGCUGAGCAGAAGCAUGCUUCCUCUGUUUCUGGUCUUGCUAUUGUCAUUUGGCCGUCAUGGAAAAGAUCCAGAUGUCAAAUGCAUUAUGGUUUAGCUCCUCCUACUCACCGGAAAGAUGAUGGCAUCUGUGGUCUCCAGUGGUACCAGGGGGCAGACCCUAACUCUUAGGGGUGUCGAUCCUGAAACAUGCAUGAUUGUCUUCAAAAACCACUGGGCACAGGUUUUGCGGAUCCUGGAAAAGCAUGAGCCAACCCGCAGCGGUGGCCAUCUCUGUUCGGGUCCGAUCUCCGGCGACGAAUCGAGUGCUGUGCAAAACUACGUGGAGCACAUGCUGUUCCUCCUGACAGAAGAGGAGUGCGGUGUUGGCGGAGCCAUGGGCCCCAUUCUGGAGUUUGUGUUGAUGGAGAAUGUAAUGGAGCGCCUGUUUGUGUGGAGCCUGCGUCGUGACUUUACAGAAGCGGCAAAGAUGGAGCAGCUGUGUAUGUACGAGAUGCUUGUGGCACGGGCACGGCAGCCCCUCCUGCACCACAAGCCCAUCCUGGGUCCAUUCGCCAUGCUGCUUUCCUCCUGUAGCUCCAGCUCAGCACCAGUGGAAGCCGAGUUGGUGCGACUGCUGCACCGGCUGUGUUGCAUGCUGGUACGUGAUGACUCCACCCUCCAGGUCUUCCUCUUCCACAGUGGGCAGGAUCAGGGUGCUGCCAACUUCCUGCUCUUUUCAUUGCUGUUGCCUUUUGUGCACCGUGACGGACCGGUGGGUGCGCAGGCCCGUGAUGCUCUUGCCCUCAUUGUGGCGUUGUCAGCGCAAGAUAUCACUGUGGCCAAUCACAUCACCCAGAACACCUACUUCUGCCCGGUCUUGGCCACAGGGUUGAGUGGUCUGUAUUCCUGGCUUCCGGCGAAGCUGGAGAUCUACAGUGAAGAAUGGCAUUGUGUGGAGGAAGCGGAUUGGAUGCAGGUGCCAGCACUCAUACAGUUCCUCAACUCUCUACACUUCUGCAGCACAGUGUGUAAGGUAGCCCAUCACACUGUCAGAGCUCAGCUGCUUGGGUACAUCUAUAACGGUUUCCUUGUGCCAGUCAUGGCGCCUGCAUUACACAAGUCGACGUUGGAGGAAGUGAUGACAACAACAGCUUAUCUGGAGCUCUUUUUAAGGCAUAUUUCUGACCCCGCCCUCCUUCAGACCUUCCUUAUUUUCAUCCUCAAGCAUCGUCAUGACAAUGUCAACAUUCUUGAUACGCUCGUCAGCAGAAUCAACACUCCUUUUCAGUUGGGGACGGUAUCUCUGGCUCUGUUUCGCACUCUGAUUGGUCUGUACUGUGAGGACGUCAUGCUGCAGCUCAUUCUCAGGUAUCUGAUUCCAUGCUCUCACCUGCAGUGUAAGGGGCAACGUAGACUCCGAGAGCGAGACUGCUACUCUUCCAGUGCUACUGCUUUUAUCUCUCUCACUCCUUCGUUCCUCAUGGCGAGACCCUGCACUUCCCCAACACUCCCCCCUAAACCAGACUACAUUCUCUGGUCAAAGGUCACUGAAGGGCUGCUAAUGGGGAACAUGGGGUUUGAAGAUCUUUUCGUUGGUGGGGAUGGUUUGGGAAAUUCUCACUGGAUGAACUCUGAACCACUGAUACACAAAAACUACCUCCAAUACUUGAGUGAUGCACGCAGCAUCAUCAGCACCAGCGUGCAGGCGUGUCAGGUAUGGUCUGCCCCUUAUGACGGACUCAAUCCCUCAUCCGGGGACUACCAAGGAGAAGAGGAGCUCAAGGAGCAGGACGAUGGAGAGAGGGAUGAGGACGAGUGUCCACCUCUCACCACUCCUCCGCUCCAACCCCCACCCCCACACAAGUCUAGUUUGAGUCGGACACCAGAGCUGGAAUGGGACGACAGUUAUGAUGCCGCUCCAGAUGUAGAGGAAAACCAGGAUUUCCAUUUUGUAGAGCAUCCUCAAGCUCCGCAACACAUUCAGGAGAUGCGGAAAAGUGCCAUCAUGCUGAUUCACGGGUCUUACAUCGAAGACUCAGAGUUCCAGGAUGAUGUAUUGGUUUAUAAUCUCAUUGCACAGAAGGAUGCACAAGAUGACCGGAUUGCGUCUUUAAAAAACACUUCCAGGAGUCAAAAUGGCAAGACAAUGGAAACUGAAACAAACAACACACACCUUUACACCAACAGCUGUACAGAGAUUGACAUGAACAAUAAGGUGCAAAAGCAGGAAUCAGAAGAAGCUUCUUUUUUAUUGAAUGGACAUACUGAUGAGAAGAAAGCAGACCAAUCGAAUGAUAAAUCUGCUCACGUUCACCAGAACCAGAGCACGGUUUUAGAAGAGGGACAUCAAGAUACGUCCAACACCUCAUUUUUGGAAAAUACUGGAGACGACUUUAUUUCCCAGUGCCUCCAGCUCAUUGACUGGGAUAAAGAGAGCAUGCUGGGAGAUAACGUUUAUUUCCAGAGGCUGACUGUGCUAUUGCAUGGCGAAGAGAUGGAAACUGACUUUACUUCGAUUUGCACUGAUGAUGAAGAUGAUGAGAGGAAUGAAGGAGCCGAGCAGGGAGAUGGUGAUGGAAGGAAACAUGUCAUGUUUACAGGCCCUUUCAUCAGCGUGCUGCUCUCUCGCCUGGAGAACAUGCUGGAGAAUUCUGUGGAAGUGAACCUUCUGGUGACGGGAAUCCUGGCUCAGCUGGCAGCAUAUCCCCAGCCCCUGCUGCGCUGCUUCCUGCUUAACACCCAAGCUGUGUUCCAACCCAGCGUCUGCUCUCUCUACCAGGUACUGGUUUCUGUGGGUUGCCAGAUUGAGCAGAUUGCAUCCUCCAGGCCAGAGUUUGCUCAGAUGGUACGAGAUGUCGCUCAGUAUCUGCUGCUCAGAGACGAAGCCUUAAAGGAUAGAGAGCGAGAUUUCCUGCAGGAACAUGGACUCGGCUGGUUUCCCAACGGACACGUCUCUGGGCGGCUGCUGAAAUCUCUCCCUCCAUGUCCCAAGAUUCCUCCUCAGUCCAGGAACAGAGUGUUUGCCACAUUCCUUUAUGCUGAGUUCCUGAAGGAGCUGGCAGCCAUCGCGCAGGAACACUCCAUACGCCCGGACUUACUCAUGCAUGAGUAGAAAAAACAAAUUAUGAAAACUUCCUCAGUGCAAUUUGUGUCCAAAAUUAACCAAGCGUACGUGUGAUUAAAUGCUUAUUUCCGGUUUUCUAAAUAAUGUGGGUUUUUGUCUGAUACUUAAAUUGUAGCUCUUUGUCAAGAGUGAUCUAGAGAAGGCUGCAAAUUAAAGUUGCAGUCUGUAAUUUUUUAAAGUGUGUGUAUAUACAGAUACUAAUUUCACAGAUAUGGAAAAUGUGGAAAAAAAAAAUCACAUUUUUUUUUCCUCAGCCCAGACAGUUAGCUCUGCCCUAAGAUGAAAGACAGAUACUCAGCUUGGCCUCUUAUUCCUAAAAGACCACCUUAAACAUAUAGUUCAGGGAAAGGGAAAGGUUUGUUAGUGUUAUCAUUACAAUUGUUAUUCACCUGAGACAGCUCAAAAAUACAAACCGCACCUUUAAUGGCUUUAUUACUGUGCGUUGUUAGUAUAAAUUAUACUAGCUUGUAUGAGGUUGGGGGGGCAGGAGGUGGGGUUGAUGAUGCUCUAGUUGUUUGCUUUGGUUUGUGUCUUGUGUGUAUUUACAAAUGCACUUACACUAGUUAUGUAUGGAAUAUGUAUUUCAUUUGCACUUUGGUUUUAUGAUGUUCUGCAUAUUUUGGACAAUAAACCAGA